GACAAACCGGAGCCGGGAUCUGCGGCUGCCGCUUGGCCGGGAGCGACCGGUGGGACUCAGGAGAUGAGCCUCUGAUGCCUGCUGAAGGACAGGAUGCCCAGCAGCGGCGCCGACACACCGAAGCCCAGCGCCCUCAUCCCGGUGUCCACCGCCGCCUGCCUCCUGGUCGGAUCCACCACCUUGUUCUUCGUCUUCACCUGCCCGUGGCUGGCUGUGACCGUCUCCCCCGCUGUGCCACCAUGCUGUGCCAUCCUCUUCCUUUUUGUGAUGGCCAACUUCACCAUGGCAACCUUUAUGGAUGCAGGUGUACUCCCAAUGGCUAACGAGGAUGAGGACAAGGAUGACGACUUCCGGGCUCCGCUGUAUAAGAACGUGGAUGUGAAGGGGGUCCAAGUCCGGAUGAAGUGGUGUGCUUCGUGCCAUUUCUACAGACCCCCACGCUGCUCCCACUGCAGCGUCUGCGAUCACUGUGUGGAGGACUUUGAUCAUCACUGCCCCUGGGUGAACAACUGCAUCGGGAGGCGGAACUACCGCUACUUCUUCCUGUUUCUGUUGUCGCUGACGGUGCACAUGGUGGGCGUCUUCACUUUCGGCCUCCUGUAUGUCCUGAACCACAUGGAGGACCUGUGGAAGCUGCACUGCACUGUCACUUUGGUGGUGAUUAGUAUAUCAGGGCUGUUUUUCAUCCCAGUGCUCGGCCUGACUGGAUUUCAUCUGUACCUGGUCUCCAGAGGACGCACCACCAACGAACAAGUAACGGGGAAGUUUCAAGGAGGAGUAAAUCCUUUCACACGAGGCUGUUGCAGCAACCUGGAGUAUCUGAUUUGCAGCCCCAUGUCUCCAAACUACACAGAGAGGGCCUGUAAGAAACCAGCAGUCAGAGUCCAGCCUCCCUUCCUGAGACCAGAGAUCGAGAGGCAGAUCCCAAUGAAGGUCAGGGACAACGGGAUCCAGAGCUCCGAUCUGCAAAAUAAAGGCUCCUCAGCUGGCAGCGUCGACUUGUCAAACAUCAAACGGCUCAACACUCCACCACCGCUGCCGCCCAAACCAGACCACGCUCUGCUGAAGAGCCAGCUAGCCGCCCUGGACGAGAUGGGACACCACACCAAAAGCAUCAUUCCUGCAUCCAUUCCAACUGUGCCACAGCUGCGACCGGUCCUGGAGGCGAUAUCCAGAGGCUCAUCACCCAUUCCUCCAGAGCAGCUGCUGAAGACAUCGGAGCUGCAGGGAAGUAACAAAAGUCCGGACCUCAAAACUGAUUCGAAACCCAGCCCUGGGAGAGCCAAACAGCAGGACCCUCUGCCCGUCCAGCCCAGCUUCCCCACCAAUCCUGUUUCCAGCCCGCUGCAGCUAAACUCUCUGACACUCAACUCCCGCUCCCUCACACUCAAACACAACUAUCGACACAGCAGCAAAUCCCAGCUGCCCGCUAUGCAUUCUGAGGCGCUGAUGUCCAACCCCAUGUUCUCCCCCUCUAACGUGCUCGCCAACCGCAGCAGCAGCCUCUCUUAUGAUAACCUCAUCAGCCCUGCAGACCCUCAGCUCAUGGCACAGAGAGGGGGGCCUCCAGUGGGCUACCAUCCCCACUUCAUGACCCUGGGCCCAGAUGGCUCCAUGGUGCAGCGGCCUCCUCCUCACGCCUACAGUCCAGUGUUUUUGGGGGUCACCAGACAUUCACCCCAGCCCAGAGACCCCUCUCCGUCUAUGCAAGGUCUCACCCCAAGAGAUCCGUCUCCUUCUUUACAGGGCUUCAUUCAAAGAGAACCUUCUCCCUCUUUUCAAGGGCUAAUGCCGAGGGACCUCGCACCCCAAGGCAUAACACUGCGUGACCUCGCCCCGCCAGGUCUGGCCUUGCGCGAUAUAACGUCACAGAGUCUGUCUGCUCGAGAACUCGGCCCGCAGGGUUUGACUCCUCAGAAGUCGGCUGCUGUGCGCUACGACAACCUGUCAAAAACCAUCAUGGCAUCUAUCCAGGAGCGAAGGGAACUGGAAGAGAGGGAGAGGUUGCAGCGUCUGCACGCCAGAUCCCAGGCCCUGUACGGCCCAGACACAGGUGUCUACGACAUCCCUAGCAGGCGGAGCCUCCCUCCAGACAACGUCCGACCCCGUGGACCAACCCCUCCGGCCUAUGGCUCCCGGGAAUUUCUAAUGAGUACUGGUAUACUUGGUUAUGGGAUCAGGAGUUCACCUCUUUCUAGCUCCUCUACGUCUUCUCUCACUCGUGGUCCAAAAACGUCGAGUUCACCUCUGCACAGCAGCAGCAGCAGCAGCCUGCAGAGCAAGGGCCGGUCCUCCUCUCCAGCCUACUGUCUUCCAGACAGACAGGCCCAGCCGCUCCCCUCCUCAGCAUCCACCCUGCCCCGUAUGCCCUCAUCCUCCACCUCCUCUGCAUCGUCCUACACCUCCUACAGCACCAUAAAACGAUCUUCACUCACCUCCUCCUCAGAGGGGAAGGACUCUGUCAGCCUGGGGGUCCUCAAAUAACAAAUAUUUGUUUCUAACGGUGUGAAUAACACCUCUAUGCAGUGUUAGCAGCAAUCUUCACAGCUCCCAAAUGCUUUGUAAAUAAGAGGCUGUCUGGGAUGUUCCUGUGUAGGAGGGUGUGUGAGAAACAGAAUUGUGCAAUGAAGGGAAAACUUUUUGCAAUAUUCUUACACAUGAUGAUGAUGAGUUUCUCCUGACUGUUGUUAAUUCAAAAAGUCGUGCCUCCUCUUACAGACAGAGAGAGAUCUAUAAAUUCAGUCAAAGCAGAAGAGCUGUGCGAAGAAUACUGAUGACCUUAUUGUUUGUUUGUAUGUUUUGAUAUUGCUCUUGUGAAACAAUCUAAUACCGCACGAUCAAAUUAAUUUGUCUCCCCAUGAAAAAUCCCUAUUUAGUAAUAUUUUGUAGCUGUUUGU